GCUGCUGUCCCAUCAGGAGGACAGUCACUGGAGGCUCAGAGACACAAAUGGCUCAGCUGCUGCUUCUUCUGCUGUUGCUGUGGGCUGACUUCACUGUGGGUGAUGUGCACAAGAGGAUUAUUGGAGGUCAGACAUGUCGACAUGAUGAGCGGAGGUACCAUGUCCAGCUCAGAGGACACAAUCCUUUAACUAAUGAGCUAACCCUCUGUGGUGGCUCUCUGAUCAAUGACCAGUGGAUCCUGACUGCCUCUCACUGCUGGCCUAGAGAAAAUGGAUGGAAUAUGUUUGCACAUCUAAAUGUGCAUCCAGGUCCAGAGGAAGUAGUGCCUAUCCCAGGAAAUAAUCUGAUACCCUUCACAGAAAACUUCCUAGAACAUGACAUCAUGCUGGUGCGGCUGCCUGACCUCGAUCCUCAAUUGGCACUAACUCUAGCAACAAUACGUCUUCCUGACUGUGUUGCUGUUUCAAUACUGGCACGUCCAAGCCAUCCAGAGGUGAACCAGUUCAGAUUGCAGGCCAAGGCGCCACUCGGGCACUUCCUGAUGGAACAAGAGGGUGACUCUGGUGGAGGAGUGGUGUAUAGGGACCAGAUUUAUGGUGUCAUUUCCUCCGGUGGUUGUCGGGCUCUUGAGGAACCGAUUCGGUUCAUGAAUGUCUGUAAAUACAAGGAGUGGAUCCAACACACUGCUCGCCUAUGAGCUGAAAGUCCUUCAUAUUAAACAUAUAUG